AUUUUUUCCAAGUCAACUUAUGCUGGCCAUUUUGCAGCGGGUCCAGUCAACUUAUAUGGGCACUGUUAUAUUGUGUCGUCUCCUUCGGUUUUGCUAGACCAGAAAGACUUGUUAAUCAAAGGCAGGCUAUUAAUUAGCACUGGAUUCUUCAGAGCUUAAUGCUCAUUCGAUCAGGCAGAAGUGGCCUAAGCAAAUGCCAUUUAACUAAUUUCUUCAAAGAUAUACUAGCAGUAUUAUAUUUUGACUCCUAAUUUGACUUCCGUAUCCAAGAAAAAGUCCCAAUGGCUGUGGAAGGAAAAAAAAAACUGUAUUAAUUUCUUGACCAAGUUACUCUUUGUUGCUUCCAUAGAUGAUUGAUCUCUCCCAUUUCGUGGCUAUAUGUGAUCUCUAGUAGUGUCUUCCAUUUCUCUGACAUGGUUUUCCUUUUUAUUAAUUAGAUUAGAUAGUUUGAAUGUUUGAUAUCUCAAAUUGCAGCUGCAUCAAAUCUUUCCCGCCUUAGCCUUGUAGGUUGAUUCCAUUUCUUGUCCAUGGCGAGAGCGGAUUCAGCUGGCGCUGGCGCUCCAGAAGCCAUUGAUGGCGAGCUGGUGGAGCUGGAGCUCGGGGAGAGAAACAAUGGCGUCCCUCCCGUCGCCGAGGAAGAAGGCGGCGAGCCAAGACCCGGUGGCCGGCCGCCGGCGUCGGGGCGCCGCCUCCUCAGGCGACUCAGCCCGGCAUCCGUGGCGCGCGCGUGCGGGCGGUGGCUGAGGCACCCGGCGCACCUCGCCCUGCUGGCGUGGGCGCUCUGCGUCGCGGCGUCGGGCGCCAUGCUCGCGCUCCUCCUCCUCGGCGCCCUCGACGGCGCGUUCCCGCGCAAGUCGGCCCGCAACCGGUGGAUCGAGGUGAACAACCAGGUGCUCAACGCGCUCUUCACCCUCAUGAGCAUCUACCAGCACCCGGCGCUCUUCCACCACGCCGCCAUGCUCCUCCGGUGGCGCCCGGACGACGUCAAGGCGCUCAGGAAGGCGUACCGCCGCCGCCGGAAGGCCGCCGCCGCCGGAGACGGCGCAGGGGGGUGGGAGCGGCUUCACAUGUCCGUGGUGGUCGCGCUCCUCCACGUCGCCUGCUUCGCGCAGUACGCCAUGUGCGGCCUCUACUGGGGCUACUCCCGCAAGGCCCGCCCGGACGCCGCCGAGACCUCGCUCGCCGUGAUCGGCGCCGCGACGCCGGCGCUCGCGGGCCUGUACGCGUACUUCGGCCCGCUCGGGAGGAGGAAGCCCGGGACGGCGACGAGCGCGCGCCACCAGGAGGAACCCGACGACCUUGAGCUCGCCGCCGCCGCCGCCGCCGACGUCGUGGUCGCGGAGUGGGCCGGCGGGCUGCUCGACGUCGGCGACGACCCGACGGCGUGGUGGCUGUCGUGCCUCUGCACGUUCUGCGUGUUCGGGUGGAACAUGGAGCGGAUGGGCCUCGGGAACAAGCACGUGCACGCCGUCACGUUCGCGCUCCUCUGCUUCGCGCCGCUCUGGGUGCUCAACGUCGCCGCCAUGAACAUCCGAGACGAGGCCGUCGGCGACGCGGUCGGCGCGGUGGCGGUGGCGCUCUGCGCGCUCGGCCUCCUCUACGGCGGCUACUGGCGGGCGCGGAUGCGGCGGCGGUUCGGGCUCCUCCCCGGGCGGCACGGCGGCGGCGGCGCGUGCUGCGGCUCGCCGUCCUCGCUCGCCGACUACCUGCGGUGGAUGUUCUGCUGGAGCUGCGCGCUGGCGCAGGAGGUGAGGACGGCGAACGUCCUGCUCCUCGACGCCGACGAGGCUGGCGGCGCCGGAGGGGGAAGCUCAAGCUCCGGCGGCGGCGGGCGAGGUGACGCCACUCUGCUGCAGCCGUUGCCGCGGGAGAACGGGGUGAAGCUGGCAUUCCAUCAUGCAGCUGCAGUGCCAGUGGACACGGACGCGGCCUACGGGCCGCCGGUGAACGGCUCGCCACACCGCGGCAGCGGCGGCGGCGGCGAUGAGUCGCCGUUGCUGCAGAGGCAGCAGGGUCGCGAGUCUCAGGCUGAGGAAAUGAGGCCGCCUCUGCAGCCAUUGAUGACGGAAGCAGAAUGCCGACGGGUUCAGUAAUAAUGCCAGGAGCAAUGCGUGCGACAGAGUCCAGAAAUGAUACGAAUAUACUAGUCGAUUUUUUUGCCCUUUUUCUCUCUCUCUUUCAGCUUGUUCUUCAAAUUGCAUUUC